AUGAUAUGGAAAAUCCUCUUAGAAAUAAAACUAGAAAUUCAUCAAAUAUCCAAGAUAAUUAAGGAACAAAAAAUGAGUCAUCAUAAUUAUUCUGAAAGUAGAUAAUUCUUCAAUUAUAAAUAAAUGUAUAGAAUCAUUAAUUGAUCAGAUCGGCCUUGCCGAAAGUUGGAACCCUAGUUUUAAUCCAAAAGUUAAUUACCAGAUUAAAAGCUUUGUUUGAUAUGUGA